GGCUCAGCUGUCAUCUAGAGGAGAGAGGAGACCAUUUACACCGGCUGCUUAGGAAAUGCUGAAAAAGGGAAAACGCUAAAAUAUGGCAACAACUACAAGAUAAGGUCAUGACGCUGAACUGAAGGUAAAAGAAGACGGUGAAAGCCAAAAGUAAACUUUAAAAUUUCUGGGUGUCCUAAAUGGGGGACUACGGCUUUGGAGUUCUGGUGAAGAACGGCAGUGGCAACAAAUCUGCUUUCCCUGUAAGGAUUCCCCCUCACCUUCAACCCCAGCACCCUCAUCACCCUGCGAACCCCCCCAGCCCCCCCUCCUUCAUAAACAACACCUGCUCCACCAAUGGGGGCAGUGCUUGGCUGUUCCCUUCUGUAGCACAGCACAGUAACAUGCAAGAUGAGAUUCUGGAGUCAGACAAGUCCAAGGCCUUGGACCUCCAGGACAUGCAGGAGAAGUCUCAGGUCCAGGGACAGCCUCAGGCUCUGUCUCCAGGCCAGCAGGAGUCUGGAGGAGGCUUAGCAGAUAUUGAAGGAGCUCUCCCUGAAGAUGGGUCUUUGGAGAAAGGUUCUUUGGAGAGCAACAGCGGAAAGGAGAAGCUGAGAAUGGAGUCCCCCGUGCUAAGCGGCUUUGAUUACCAGGACAGCCUGGGAAUGGGUACAAGCUGUGCACAGUCUUCCUCCUCCUCAUCCUCAUUGACCAGCUUCAAUAACUGGUCCCCUGCUGUCCCUUCCACCCAGUCUACAGUGGUUGGGGAAGAUGUUGGAGGCUUCUUUGGACCUGCCGGCUCCAAUGCCAACGGUCCUACUUUACUGUUCCAAAACUUCUCUCAUCACGCUGGCCCCGGCUUUGGAGUAGGUGGAAGUUUCUCACCACAGAUUGGACCCGUGUCCCAGCACCACCCUCCCACACCUCAUCCCCAGCACUACCACCCUCACGGUCAAGGGGUUUCACAGCAACACAGACGCUCGCCAGCUAGCCCUCAUCAACCUCAGCCCUCUUUCCCUCCACAUCCUCAUCGCAGUGGACCUUUUCCCCAGAUGCCCCAUCUAGCUCCUGCUCAGAACAAACCCCCCUCACCUUGGGGAAGCUACCAGAGCCCCUCCACUCCCACUUCCACUUCUUGGAGCCCAGGUGGUUAUGGUGGCUGGGGAGGCACACAAGGGGUCCGCGAGUAUCGACGGGGCGUCGGUGGUGGAAUGACCGGUCUCAACUCCCCACUGAAGAAGUCCUUCCCCAACAACCAGGUUUCCUCACAGAAGUUCCCCAGAAAUACCUCCGGUAUCAAUCACAAGGGCUGGGUGGAGGACAGCAUGUGUCGCAGUGACAAUGUGUAUCCAUUUCAGCAGGAGAGAACGCGGCCUUUUGACGGUUUCAGUAUGCAAUCCAUAGAGAACUCUCUGAUUGACAUUAUGAGGGCUGAGCAGGACUCCUUAAAAGGACGCUACAGCUUCUCUCACCAGGGUGGAGAUGGGCCUUUACCUAUGAAUGCGAGAAGUUAUGGCAGAAGACGAGGCCACUCUUCUCUGUUCCCCAUGGAAGAUGAGCGCUCUUUUGGAGAGGACGAGUCAGGUGACCAGGGCCUUGCUGGCCUUGGUUCGGCCCACUGUUUUCCUCACCUCAAUGGGGAACGUGUGGAGCGUUACUCUCGCAAGGUGUUUGUUGGUGGUCUGCCCCCAGAUAUAGAUGAAGAUGAAAUCACUGCCAGUUUCCGUCGAUUCGGCCAUUUAUUUGUUGACUGGCCCCAUAAGGCAGAGAGCAAGUCUUAUUUUCCGCCGAAAGGAUAUGCAUUCCUGCUGUUCCAAGAUGAGAGCUCUGUCCAGGCUCUGAUUGAUGCCUGCAUUCAGGAGGAUGGCAAGCUGUACCUGUGUGUCUCCAGCCCCACCAUUAAAGACAAGCCUGUCCAGAUCAGGCCCUGGAACCUUAAUGACAGUGACUUUGUAAUGGAUGGCUCACAGCCAUUGGACCCAAGAAAGACUAUCUUUGUUGGAGGUGUCCCUCGUCCCUUACGUGCAGUUGAGCUGGCCAUGAUCAUGGACCGUCUGUAUGGGGGAGUGUGCUACGCUGGGAUUGACACAGACCCUGAACUGAAGUACCCAAAAGGCGCAGGGAGAGUGGCCUUCUCCAAUCAGCAGAGCUACAUUGCAGCCAUCAGUGCCCGAUUUGUUCAGCUGCAACAUGGGGAGAUUGAUAAACGGGUGGAAGUGAAGCCAUAUGUCCUGGAUGACCAGCUGUGUGAUGAGUGCCAGGGCACCCGCUGUGGGGGGAAGUUUGCUCCCUUUUUCUGCGCCAACGUGACCUGUCUGCAGUACUACUGUGAGUACUGCUGGGCAGCCAUCCACUCUCGGGCCGGGCGCGAGUUUCACAAGCCGCUGGUGAAGGAGGGAGGGGACCGACCACGACACAUCUCCUUCCGCUGGAACUGAGUCGAGACCGAGCUGGUGCAGAAUCGAGGGGAGGAGGGACCGGUAGAAAUUCGGGAGGGAGUAUGGUCUGUGAUAUGAAAAUAAAUGCACUUUUCUUUUUAGUUAAAAAAAAAAAAGAUAAUUUAUUUUUUAUUUUUAUUUUUUUAAAUUGGGCCUUCUAAAAGAAGUAAAUGCUAAGAAGAGUGAAAUCCCAUUUAUGUUUUGACUUUAAUUGUGCAUGAGCAUAUGGAUGCAUUAGGUUUGGACUUGGAUGUUUUAUUUUUAUUGUUUUUAUUGUUUCACUUCGUUUUGUUUUUUUUACUUGACUGUACCUUUUUUUUCUUUCUUUUUUUCGUAUUAGUUGGCAAAGCUGCUUACAUUUGUUUAUGAAAGUAACAUAGAAUUCAAGUGAGGUUCAUCAUACCUAAAUCAGUAUACCAACUACGGAAGCUGAGUUAAAGAGGGGUGCAUUCUCACAGGAUUAGAGAACAGCUAUACCAUUUACCAAAGGUUAAACACAAAUGGUUGGAACUUCGUUUUGGAUGGAUUGAGUUUGAGCAGCUCGGUGUAUUGCAUCUGGCCACGUCACAAAAACUAAAUCCCCCCCCGCUCAUUUCGGCACACAUGUUUCGAAUGUCAGCAUGAUUCUUUAGGUCUUGGUAUGGUGUCAACACUUUGUAAGAAGAGAGGGCAAACCAAAGAUUGGCCUAAACAUAUGAUCAGAAACAGGGGUUUCAGGAUAAGGUCUUCUUGUCAUACAACAGAGGAAAGUGUGGAGUUUGGUUUGUUGGUUUCAUCUGAAAAAGACAAAGCCUUCAGGGCUCAGGUAUUGGCAGUAGUAUUUAUUCACUUUAUAUCGUCAGGGAUAUUAGCACUGGAAGCUAACAUGCUAAUGUAGUACUAACUAAUGGGAAUGCACAGUCCAGUCUCCCUGAGCUGUCCUCAUGUUGUACCACUGCACGCUCUACUGUGAAUGGCGCUUCUAUCACAAGUGUUGUGGUUGGAUAUGGUAGUAGCUAGAAUUUGCUGUCACAGAGAUAAAGAUAUUAUUUUAUACAUGGCCUGCUGAUUUUUGUACAGUGUUUUAUAGCUGAUUAUUUUGUCAUGAACAUAUAUACAUUUAUUAUGCACUACUUUUUCUAAAUAUUUUUUUCAAUAGUCAUUUUAGGCACAUUUUUCACAAAUGGGAGAACUCCUUUUGCAAUACCUCAUUUUUUUCACUUGGUGAAAAAUAAUUUUGUACCUUUGUUACUAAGAGAUCUGCAUUUAUGGUAACUUAAUUUAAAAAAAAAAAGAAUAUUAAUAUAAUUUUCAAUUAGCUUUUAUAUAUUUAAGUGCUAGUAAAACUGAAAAUUGUCUGGUGCAUUGGUGUGAUUCUGUAGAUUAAAAAAAAGGACUAAACAAAAAACAGGCUUUCACUAGCCUUCAUAUAGAGGUUCUCCUAUCUCCUAAUAAACAUAAUUACAGGAUCCUAAGGCAUGGCAAGACCUUUCUAAACUGAUUUUGAUAGUCUUGAGAAUAUAAUCUGAUAUUUUGCUCCUAAGUGUAGUCAUUAAGAUUAUGAUUAAGAUAAAUGUUUUGGCUUUGCUCAAUGUGAAAUCUUCCCUUCUACCACUGGAGUGGAUAUCAGCUGUUUGAAUAUUUAGAUCCUCUUUCUUGGACUGCCUGUAAGUUCUACUUAUUCUUGGCAUGCAUAAGAGAUAACAGAGCUAGUGAUAAUGCAGGACCUAAUGUAAUGCACUAGAUCUCCUUUUUCUUUUAAAAACAACUUUCUUUUUUUGAGAUCGCCUCUCUUGUAGCCUCUCUUUACAUGAUGGAGUCUGCCUUCCUUACACAGACAUGAUGUUUAUGCAAUAUACACCAUGACAACACUUUUGGAUGUUUUUUUUCUUUCUUCUUUCUAAAUGUAGAGGACACUCAGUAGGAACAUAGAUGAGGAGACUUGAUCACUUGACCCCUUCCCCCUCCCCUCCUUUGUGAUGUGGCAUGCUUCAGGACAUAACCUGAAUGUGAUUUAAUGUUGCAAGUUAUCCUUGAGCCAUUAUGUGCAAUACUUUUUUUUCUUUCCAGAAACAGUUCUCUGCAGUGUAAGUCAAUUAAUCCAUAUAAAUCAUGCAGUCUUUAACACACCUUUUUGUUUCCUAUUGUUCAUGCAGAAGUGUGCAAAAGAAAAAGAAGAAAAAAAAGUAAUUUAUACCUGAAUUUAUUUUUCACAUUGGUUUUGUGCUUAUUUACUUAUUUUGCUACAACCAUGCUACUGUGAUUGAAAACAUUGUAUAUAGUAGGUCUAUAAUGUAUUUAGCAUUUUGCUAUAUUUUCAAUUGAAAUGUACAACUAUCAUUUUGAUCAGAAUUUUUGUUAUCUUUCGGGGUGAUGUGUUAAACUCGUUGACGUGUCUAGUUUUUCUAAUUGCUGUAAUGUGCUCCACAUUUUCACGACAAAAGAAUAUUGAUUAUGUCUGCUAGUAUUACUUGAUUACAAGAUUUCAGUAGUUUUUCAUUGAGUGCUGGGAAGGUUAUAUUUAUUAGCUCCUUUUUUCUUUUUUUUAACCUGAUAUUGUUUUGAUUUUUACUAAGUCAUUUCACAUUUAUUUGUAAGUUCCAUUUUUUUAUAUUUUCUUCCUGAUUAAUUUACGCUACAAUACAGAGCGUCAGUUUUUAUAGUUGGUUUGUAGUACUGAAGUAAAACAAAAAUCUAAUGUCAUAUAUUCAUUUGCUGCCAAUGGUUUGUAACUAUAUGCAUACAUUUGAAGUAUUUGUAAUGUGAGAUGUUGAACGAAUUAAACAGCUGUGAGGAAGAAUA